UAAGCUGCUGCUUCUUCUUCUUCCUUUGGUGGUUGCCACCCUUCACGCUAAUGGAUUUUUCUUAUCUCUAAAACUCCGGGGCUCUUCCCUUACCUGUUCACAAGCCAAACGACCCAGAAUCUGAUUCUCCUCUCGGAGGUUUGACAACACUGUAGAUGAAGCCAUUUGUCAAUCAAGUAGGUUCAAUAGGUGUUGCUUGUCAUAUAUGGGAAAGCACAUGCAACGUGAUCGCUCUGGCAUUGCCUUUAAUAGUAAUGAUCCAGGAUGCAUGUGGGGCGUACUUCAAAUGCUUGACUACAGUCACUGGCAUAAUUUCAAAAAACGACUACCAUAUAAAAGGCACUGUGGUGGAAAGCAUGCCAUGGGGGUUGCAAAUCCAGGGAAAAAUAUAAACAUAUCCGAUGCUGAUGAAGUACAAGAAUGCAUUGUUGCUGAAAUGGACAAGUCUCCGAUUGAAAAACAGAUGAUGAAAUCCAGUCAGACAACCAAAAUCUCUGGGAAAGCUCGAAUAAAAGCAUUGAUUGCUAAAGAUGUGUCUAAAAGAAAGGGCCAACAUCACCAAAAUUCGACCCACCUAACACGCUCACAGUUGCUGAGAACCGAAUCUAUCCAUCGUUUAGAAUAUGCAGAUCGGGAUCCCCUUGCUGAUAUAAUCUUAAAUGAUGAGAGUACAAGUUCACACCAAAACAAUGAAAAUUCUUCUGAUUCUAGCACAACAAAUGUAAUGCUGGCGAGUGAUCCUGAGGAGCCAAUUCCUAGCAACAAAAAAUGCGAGGCAUGUAGCACCACAGGUACUUUGAAUUACUUGGGGCAUGGAAAGAUUGAUAAUCAUGGAAAGAAACUAGUUGAUAACCAAACAUUUCUUGAGGAGUCAUCAGACAAACCAACACAAGCUUUGUCAGCACAGAAAUUGUUGUAUGCAACAGAGCCCCCUGGAGUCCCUCCGUCAAAGGAGUUUCUGGAUGCUCUUUGUAUAAUCAACAUGAACAGGGAGUUCUUCCUCAAAAUUGUACAGGACCCUGAGUCUCCUUGGGCGUAUCAUUUCCAUCAUCAAUGGGCAAGAGGUGUGAAGUCUGGGUUAUCCAAGUCUGGGUCAUUUCCUGUGCCUGGGCCAUCAGGUGGAAGGGAUUUUGGGCCAAUUGAACUUAAGUACAAUCAGAAUGAGAUCACUUCCCAUUCAAGAUCAGAAGGCAAGUUGCAAGCUGGUAGUCAAACACAAAAUUUGGCUGAGUUUGAGUCUACAGAAGAUGUCAGUGAACAGUCAAAGUUUCGAAUCACUGAUGAUUCUUCUCUAGGUUUGCCCCAUCACUUCAAGCGCUGGAGUGAGAAUCAAGUGGCCAUCAGGCGUUUCAAGGAUCUUAAACAGAAGAUAAAACAUGCUAUCAGACAGAGCAAAAAGGAGCGCCGCCGGAUCAUUAUGGAUGCAAUCUUUCACAAAGUUCCUCAUGGCCAUAGGUUUCCCAAAGAUGCAAAGAAGCAGAUUGCUGAUCAAUGGAAGGAACCUGCAACCAGUAGAAACAGUGAAGACAGCCCUGGAAGCAGUUAUGGAUGGGGUCAUUCUGAACCUGCCCUCAGCAAGCAGACUUCAUUUCCCAGCAAAUGCCUAGAAAAAUAUACUCAGUUGUUUGAGUCUAGUUUCAACAAAGAAGCCAAAUACCAGAUCUCUGAAAGAUUAAAGGUGAGAACAGAAGAUGUGGGUUUGCCUUGUGGAAGUGACCCAAAAUCCCUGAGAAGGAUUCUUUCGUUACCUGAUUUUAAAUCCUAUUUUGGUCUUCAGAGUGAGGACUCUGGUGAUAAUUAUUUGUCAGAAAUGGCAGUCAAUACUGUAAGAAUACAAAGUGAUUAUGAUGAACAGAAGUCUCUAGAACUUCCUCUAGGUUCUGAAAAUCAUGUACAGUCUGAUGCCAUUGGACAAAGUCAAAAACACUUGGAAGAAGCUAGUGAAACAUAUCCAGUUAAACAAGAUCAGGUGAGACCAACAUCAGGCACAGAUGCUGAAGUGAAUGCAGCGGAUUGGACUAAUGAUGAUUUAGGUGAUGUAACAAAGCAGGAUACUACAUUUUACCAAGGACAAGGAAUCAGGACCACAGAAAAAUUUAAUGCAAAUCUGUCAGAACCAAGCCCAAUCUCUGUGCUUGACUCCAAUGUGCGAGAGGACUUAAAGUUUCAAGAUAUAGUCAGUCCGGGAAAGCUCCCCAUAUCAGAAGAUUUAGAAUUAGAAUCAAGACAGCCCCAUUCUGAAGGACCGGAUUCUGCAGUCAAUCAGCAACAUGAAUCCAGCAUGGAUUCUCCUACAGUUGUUGAAAGCAGAUUUGAUGUUGAGAAAGUAGAUCUCAGGAAGCACUUAGACAGCGACUUUUUUCCUGUUCCAGUGGAUAUAAAAAACAAAGCUGAAUUCAAUUAUGUUAGAGAUGUGCUAGAGUUGUCGGGGAUUAUCAGGAAUGAAUUGCUUGAGACAUGGCAUUCCAUUGACAAGCUGGUGGAUCCUUCAGUGUUUGAGGAAGUGGAAGGAUACUUGCCCCUUGAACCUGAGUGUUCAGGAAAUGAAGAAGAUGGAAGUUGCAGCCAUCUGCUUCUGUUUGAUUUAAUCAAUGAGGUGCUAAUGGAGAUUUAUGAGAGAUCAUUGACCUACUGCCCCAGGCACCUGUCUUCCCUUUCCCACAUCCGUCCAAUGCCUGUGGGAUAUCAUGUUCUUGAGGAGGUCUGGGCAAAUAUAAGCUCGUACUUCAGCUGGGAACCUGAUCCUGACCAAACGCUGGAUUAUGUGGUGAGUAGGGAUCUAGCAAAAGGUGAUGGGUGGAUGAACCUUCAAUUCGAGGCCGAGUGCUUGGGGCUUGAGCUGGAGGACUGGAUAUUUGAUGAUCUUCUAGAUGAACUUCUUUGCACCUGAACUUCUUUCGGCUGCAUCUGUUUUUCUUCCUAAGGUGCCUUCACCUUUCUCAUACUUGAAACUUUUUUCUUCUAUUGAUUGUGUAAUUAUUUAUUUAUUUUUUAAAACUCAAACUUCAUGAAAGAAAUAGGGAAAUUUCGAUGACGAAUCCUAUACAUACCGUACAGUUGGUAAAGAGGAAAUUACUUCAUACUUUUGAAGUUGUGGCAAAUAAAAGAAUAUUGCAAUUUGUUA